CACGCGCGUUCAGACCCCUGGCCUCGGGGAGUCCACCGGCCGUGGGGCUGGGGGCCAACCGCUCCGUGGGCGGAGUCCUCACGCAGCAUCUGCCAGGUAGCUUCUCAGUCGCUGCCCCUAGCUCUAGGAACUCCUGGGUGCACACGCCGUAACCGUCCCUUGUCGGGAGUCCUAUCGCAGGUUUUUAAGCAACAGUCCUCAGGAGGGCCAAGAGAUACUCACGGUGAUGUCUUCCCCCAGACUCAUUCCCCUGUGGAAAGAUUUAAAACUUCUCCUAAAUGACGUCAUAAAUAAAAGCAAGCAACCUUUAGAAGACCCAAAGAAUUACCUAGUUGUGCUGAGCGACCAGUCCCAGAUACUGUUCAAAGAAUCUCGCUAUCCUCAAAAUAUGCCGUGUGUAUGCUGUUACUUCAGUGAUGCCUACUUCUUCGCCUCCCUCUCUUGGGUGACAACGAACACAAAAGAAAUACAGGCUGUAGUAUGGAUGAAGAGCAAAACUGAGGACAUAGUUGAGAAGAGAACAUUCUCCAUGACUGAACGAUUGCCACCCAUCCAGUCUAUGGUGCACACAGGUUCCUUUCAUAUCCUUGUGGUCUACUGUGGCGACCUGAUCCUGCGACUCUUUGGGGACCACUUUCGGGCAUUCAAACCCCUAGGUAAAGUGCCCUGCCGCUUCAACAUCAGCUGCCUCUGCUAUGACCCGGAAAUGAAGAUGCUGCUGUCCGGUAUCCUGGGGGCAGUGGUCACCUGGGUCAUUGAGCAAGGUGGCACGGGCCUCCAAAUAGCCCACAUAGUCUCCAUGCCAGGUGAUGAGCUUGUCCAGGACAUCGUGCUAAAUGGUCCCAAUGGCUCCCUCUUGGCCCUGUGUGAGACGGUGGUGAGGGUCCUUAUGCGCCAGGGCAAGGGCCAGCUGGGGGAGGUGAAGAGAUUCACAUCCACCAGCAGUGGCUCCUCCAUCACCUGCUGCUUCACCUGUUUUGAUCAGGGCUUUUUCUAUGUUGGAAACCAAGCUGGGGAAAUCCAAGUUUGGAGCCUCCAUCAGGGCCAUCCACUCCACAGUUUCCAGGCCCAUAACUCAUCAGUGAUCUGCAUCCAUAGCCGACCAGAGGCCCACACCCUGCUAACAGCUGGAAGUGACAGCCUAAUCAAGGAGUGGAACCUGACUUCAGGGAGCCUGCUCCGGCGGCUAGAGCUUGGCGAGGAGCUGUACCAGCUCCAGUUUAUUGACAGCAUUACUUUCUUCUGCCAAACUGCCCACAGUUUUUCCUUGCGCCGCCUACCCUGCUUCUACAGCCUCUUCAAUGUCUGUGGCUCUGCUCCCCAGCAGUUGCGUCGGGUCUGCUGUGGGGAUAACUGGUUCCGGAUCCUGUGUACUACUGAGGAUGGCUUGUUGCGCUUUGUGUCCCCAAUAACAGGGGAUCUUCUGGUUAUCACCUGGCCCUUCUCAAUCCUGGACCAGGCUGUGGAUUGGGCCUACGACCCAGGUAAAGAGGAGCUCUUUGUAGCAACAGGCAGCUCCGAGGUGCUGGUAUUUGACACAACCCGCUGCCCUUGCCCAGCCAAGUAUCUCUUAUGCACCUCCCCAAAUUCUCAGGACUUUGUACAAUGCCUGGCUUACGGGCAUUUCAAAUUGGGGCAGGGCCUGGAGGGACUGAUAUUCUCUGGGCACCAGAGUGGUGUGAUAAGAGUGCUCUCCCAGCACAGCUGUGCCCGAUUAGAAAAAUUCAUGCACUUUGGUGCUGUACUGGCACUCUCCACACUGUCUGGAGGGAUUAUGGGUGGCCAAAGAAACUCUCUGCUCUGUUCCUAUGGAAUGGAUGACUAUGUGCACCUGUCAGAAGUGGUGCUUGGUGGGGUCAAAGUGCAUCUGCGACCUCUCGCCAGCAUUCUCAGCAGCUGUCACCUCACACAUCUGAUACUCUUGCCCAAGUCUGUGGGUGCCAUCACAGAGACAAACUGCCUGCGUCUCUGGAAGUUCCAUGAUUUUAUGUCCUUUGGGUCACAGGAUGGCUUGAAAUUUAUAGAAACACUGCCUCUGCACCAGUGUGCCAUCACAUCCUUUGAUGUCUGCCUGUCCUUGAGUCUUUUCGUCACAGGUUCUAUCGAUGGCUCUGUUCGGAUCUGGGACUUCCAGGGCAGACUCAUAGCCAUUCUGGACUCAUCACUGCACUUUGGCCCACUCUGUUUUGCAAAUGACCGGGGUGACCUGCUUGUGACUUUCAACCAGAGUCUUUACCUGGUGUCCUGUUUAAAAUUGCUCCCCCCAGCCCUGCUGACUCACCUUUCCUAUAUGAGUUUACCAGAUGAAGUACUGGAAGCCCCUAAGCCUUUCAUACCAAGCUUCUUCUUCUCCUUUGAGACCAUGUUUGUGCCCAAGUACAUCUACCUUGGACAAGGGCAACAGAAAUUAGUGGGUCUGGAGAAACUUGUCAACAACCGAGCCAUUGCCUUUGACCAUUCUGUGCCACAUGUGAUAGAAGAAGAUGAGAAAGGGAGCCCAGUGUUACUGUGUUCCUCCAUGCAUUAUUCUUUGCAGAACAUGGAAGACUGGAUGCAGAUGAGCAAACGUUACCGCCACCAUUAUGUGCUUCCUCCCCAACUACAACUGACUAGCUGGGAUGGACUCAACCCCUAUCAGAUAUUGCGAUACUACUUUGGUCAUGGGCGGGAAUGGCUUUUGGCCCCUGAUUGCUAUAUCCCCAAUUCGGUGAUUCGUGCUCGUCUUUGGCCAGAGGGCACCCCAAUAUACCUACAGUGCAACCUGCAUGCACCCCAGCGGGAGUUGGAAUGGGACAGGUUUCAAGAAUUCUUUUUCUGGCACAGCAGGGUAAGAGCUAUAAGCAAUAUAGAAUAUUCAAAGAAGGAGGAGGAUGAACACUUCCUAGAAAUGAGACUUUCUAAGGAUGUAACCUACAGUGUCCUUAUAGAUAGAGCAAACCGAAGUUGGCUGGGAAGAAAGAUGAGUGAAAUAGCCAUUAAUAGCAUGAUUGAGACAAUGCUCAAUAUUAUGAUCCAUGCUUCCUCACUGAAGUACCAAUCCUGUGUUGCUGCACUAGGGCAAAUCUUUGCCUCUUACCAGGUGUCUCCAACCCUACGCUCUGAGACAGCCCGUAGGCUACUGGAUGAUACAACCAAUUCCAACCCACUGAUCCGAGAACUAGCUUGGGAAGGGUUGAAGCGUCUAGGAAUGAUUACUCAUCUUUUUGCCGUGCCUCUGGCUCAAGGAUUAAUGGACAAGGAUGAAAGAGUGAGGAACAAAACCCUCAUGCUCAUGGCUGAGAUUGGAAUCCAUUCUAGGACCUCACUCUUACAGCUGAUCCAGAAACCAGAGACUUUUCAGGAGAUGCAGCAGGAGAUGAUCGGGGAGGAACACUUGGACCAUCUGCUGGGGAUGCGGGCCACAGAUCUCCAAAUCCUUUACACUCAAGUGGAGCAGAGAUUGAAUGAAAAUCUGACCUUGUCAAGUAGUGAUGAAAAGCCGGCUUUUUCUUUAGAUGUCUCAAAACUUUCUGAGCUUAAAUCCUUUCCCAUGAAAGCCCCAACAAGUUCUGAAGAACCUGAAGUAGCCGUUAAGCCAAGCAAAGGCAAACGACGAGGCCAAGCAGGGAGCAAAAAGCAUAGCCGGAAAUGGUUGCGAGGUCUCAAGAAGAUGAAAGAGAGAGGCUCUAAACAUAUGGGAAGAGAGCUGGGUCUCUUAGAGGAUGAAAGUGGGACUGAGGCUGCACCAAUUGAGAUGGAGGACGUAUCCAUCCAUUCCAAAUGGUCUUUAACCACCAGUGUAAGCACGCUCUUAAAAGAUGUUGACUCUCAAGAGAAAGAUAUCUCACAGGAUCGCAUUGCACUGACCCUGAAGAGGCUGAGGAAAAUACGUGACAAAAGAGACAAGAAAGCAACAGCUCAGAAACCCAAAAAGAAGCACAAGAAGAAGGGAGAAGCCCAAGUUAUAACUGGGGAACCUCCUGUAGUAGAACAGCCAGUUAUUAAAAAGUUUAAACUUCAAGGGCGGGGAGCCUCUGGAGUGUCUGGCCGCAGACCUACCACUGGAGGUGGCUCAACAUGGCGGGAUGAUCUAUGUCAUCUUAUGACCCUGAGGAUAUCUGGUUCCCAAACAGAAAUGUCAGAAAAUCUAACCACUGAGCUAGUGAAAUUUGCUCAGGAGACGCUGGUAGAUAGGCACCCCAGCUGGGAACUCUUUCAGGAGAUCUGCCCCCUCUUGAAGAAAGAAAGUAAGGUUCUGCUUGAGGACCUUGAUUGGGAUGCAGUCCCGCCGGAAGAAAAACCAAGUUUUACUUAUGAAGGAGCAAUUAGAGAGGACAUGACACGAGAUGUGAUGCAAGAAGUGAUCAGACAUAAGGAAGUGCUACCAAGGGAUGAGGAACAAGCACAAAAGACAGCGAAGGACAUGCCGGGCUUGGAGGAAACCCAAGUGAUUUUGAAAAAAAGCAAGAAAAAGAAAGUUAUUUUUUUAGAACCAGGUGACGUAACCAAGGAAAGACAAAUACCAAGGAAAGAAGAGAAGAAAACGUUUCAGAAGUCACCUGAGCGAGAGAGGAAAGCUGUCCAGUGGGAAAGAAAAGCGGGAAAAAUAAAGACGGAAAUGACUAAAGAAGAGAGGGAUAUGAGUGAGGAAGUGAAGGAAACGGCCACACUUGAGGAGGAAGUGGUCGAACAAGAAGAAAGACCAGUUUUGACUAAGAGGACACCAUCUUGGCAGGACUGGAAAAGGUCCUGGGAUGAGUGGAAACAGGUCCAUGGUAAGACAAGGAAAUCCUGGAAGGCAUGGAAGAAAGACUGGGAGAAGAGGCUUCUUCAGGAAGAGGAGAAACUACACCAGGCUGGAGAGAAGCUAUCCCCAGAGGAGGAAAUGCUUCAGGAGGAUCAGAGAAAGCUGAAAUGGAAGGAGUGGAAACAAGUCUGGGAAAAUAUGUUGUCAUCUAAGUCCAAGGAGCAACCGUACGAGGAUGAGGAAGUAGUGACUUUGGAGGAAGAAGUGUCUCAGGAGGGGGAAGAAAAAGAAGAGCAGGUCACAGAAGAGCAGAGACAGAUCCAAGAAGAACACAAACAGGCCAGAAUUCACAGGAAACAAGCCCAAGCUGAAAAAAAACGAGCCCAAGAAGAGAGGAAAUUAGCACAAGAAGAAGAGAAACUUGCACAACAAGAGAGACAAUUGGCCCAGGAAGAGAGAAAACUGGCCCAGGAGUAUAUCAAAAAAACCCAGGAGGAUGGGAAAGUGGCCCAGGCAGAGGGUAAGUUUGCCCAGAAAGAGGAAACACUGGCCCAUAGAGGGGAGGAGCUAAGCCAGGAGGCAGAGAACUUGGCCCGGCAAAGGAGGAAACUGGCCAAGCAACGCGAGAAAGUGGCUAAAGAAGAAGAGAAACUAGCAAAGAAAAGAGGGAAACUGGCCGAGGUAAAAAGCAUAUUGGUCCAGAAAGUGGAAGAAGUGGCCCAGAGGCAGCAAAAUCUGGACAGGCAAAAGGAGCUGGCCCAGAAACUGGAGGAACUGGCAUGGGACAUGGAAGAACUGUCCAGGAAAGAAGAGAAAGUGAAUCAGGAAGAGGAGACACUGACUGAAGAAAAGAAGAUACUGGCUGAGGAAGAGGAGACAUUGGCCUGGGAAAGGGAGAAACUGUCUGAACAAGAGCGAAAACUGGCCCAGGACAAGGAAAAAAUGCCCGAGGGAGAGGAAAGACUGGCCUGGCAAAGGGAGCAACUGAUGGAAAAGAAGGUGAAACUGGCCCAGAAAAGGGAAAGAUGGACUAACCGCAUGGAAGAACUCACAAAGAACAAGGCGAUAGUGUACCAGAAGAAGAGGAAUCUGGCUCAGGAGAAGAAUAAAUGGGCUCAGGGGGAAGAACAUCUACUCUAUGGCCAAGAAAGACUCACCCACAACAGAAAGCAAUUAGCCCAAGUAAACGACAAAUUGAAAAUUUUCAAGAAGACACUGGCUCAGAUGGAGGAGAAGCUGACACAGGAAAAGGAGACAGUGAGCAAGAAGAAGGAGAAACUGUCUAAAAGAGAGAAAAAAUUGGUCCAAGUAGAGGAUAGUCUGGCCGAGAAACAGGAGAAACUGGCUCACGAGAAAAUGAAAUCGGCUCUGGAGAAGGCAAUGGUCCAAGGAAAGAAACGGCUCAGAGGAGAGCUGGAUAUUGCUAAGGAAGAAAAGGCAUUGAACCUGGAAAUGAAAAGACUGGCUGAAGAGAAGAUGAGACUAUUGGAGGGAAAGGAAGCUCUGUCUAAGGGAGAGACUCCCAACACUUCAAGACUAAGGAAAAUGACUAAAGUUGAACAAGAACUAGUUGAGAGGAAAUUGUCACUAGAGGAGAAGAUACUGCUACAUGAAGACAGGUUACUGGCCAUAGAGAAAAGGGAAAUUGCCAAAGGAAAACUGGAAUUUACUAGAGUACAGAGAAUAUAUGCCCAGGAGCAAAGGAAGUUAGCCAAGGAUGCAAGGAUGUUGAUUAAAAAAAAGGAGAGCCUUUCCAAGGAACCAGCAAAACUGAACAAAAUCUUAAAGGCACUUCAAAAACUAAUCAGGGAUGAAAGGACACUAACCGAAGAAGAAAUAAAGGUGACAAAGAUAAGGAGGUCAUUCUUUGCUAAAGAGAGCAGAUUGAAUAAAGAACAGAGUAAACUGGGUAUCAAAGGGUGGGGUUUUUCUGAGAAACAAUCAGAACUGACUAAAGAUGAAAAAAAACUGACUCGGAAGCAGAGAAAACUGGCCAAGGAAAUGAGAAGAAUGAUAAAAAAAGAAGAAAAAAUAACUGAGGAAGAGAGCAGAUUGGCCAGAGCACAUUCAGAAGUCAUACUGGAUGAUGAAGUGGAAGGAGGAACAGAAGAAGAAGAGGUAAUCCCAUUCCUUAAACAAAGGUGGAGAAAGAAGAAAGAGGCCAACGAAGUUGAUGAACCAAAGGAAAAGUUUCCCAGUCAAGUGGAUGAGGUGGAAAGUGAAGAGCAUUUUUAUGAAGAAAUGGAAAGCCUGUUAGAUGAACUAGAGAAGCAAGAGAGUUUGUCUUCUGAGGAGGAGGAGGAGGAGGAGGAGGAGGAUGAAAGGGAUGAAGAGGAGGAAGAAGAAAAGGAAGAGGAAGAAGGGGAGGUGGAGGAAGAGGAGGAGGAGGAGAAGAGAAAGAAGAAAAAGGAAAAGAAGGAGGAGGAGUUUCAGGAGAAGGAAGAAGUGUUUGAGGAGAAAGAAGAAAUUAUGAGUGAGGAAGAGUUAGAAAGUUUGAGUGACAAGGAAGAGGAAGAGGAGAGCAGCUCACUGGAAGAAGAGGUAGACGAGGAAAAAGAGAUCUUAAAAAGAGAAAAACUAUUUAAGUUACAAGACCAAAGAAGAAAGAGCCUAAGAGGAAGGGAAAAAGUCCCUUCCAUUGGAAAAGGAGUUUCUCAUGUCAAAGGCAGGGCUAUGAGACUAAGAGUUCUAAAAAGCCCUUUGAAGAAACUGGUGUCAAUAGCUCUGGAGAUGAGAGAGAAAACACCAGUGCCAGUGCCGGAGAAACAAAUAUCCUGGGAAGAUAAAAAGGCCACAGUAGUUGCAAUACCCAGGAAAUUCUCCGGGACAAUGGAUAAAGAAAGAGAAGUGUUGGGAAAAUAUGAGCCCAUACCUCCCCCUGUUUCGGGUACAGUUUUAGAGUCCCAAGAACAGGACUUAAAAAUCCCAUUUAUGGCCCACAUAUUAAGGAAGACCAUCGAUGCUCAGGAACUCCAGUGCAAACCACUAGGUCCCCAGUGGAAGUGGCUUUUGCAGCAUCUGUCUCUGCUGGGACAGACUGAGGUGCAGUUACCUCUGUCCCAAAUCCGGGCUAAGGAACAACAUGCAGACAUAAGCCUCUCAGAUGUAGAGUGGAUCUGCCAUGUCCUAGAACGAAUGGAAGCAGGAGAAGAGCUUUCCAAGGACAGUUUCCACAGACUGUGCCAGCUCCUCAAAGACCUCACCUCAAAGGGAAAUUUAGAAUGGCUGCAUCUGGCCAAACUUGAAGCCAUUGUGUACCGUCACAGGCAGGCCCUGGAGUCACAAGGCACAAGGAUCUCAAAACCAAGUAGGGAGUCCAUGAGUCCUAAAUACCUGAAAGUGAUUCCUCCUAUACAGGCAAAGGAAAAGGAGAGCUGGCUAGAACCUCUGGCUAUUCCCACACGAAAAUCCCCAUUAGCUACCAAGAGGAUUCCAGACCCAAGGGCUAAAAAUUGGCAUCUUCUAGGAGAGCCUUACAGAAGUGAGAGGGCACAGCAGAUAUCCAUGGUUCACAAGGAGAUGGCAAUGCAACACUUUCAUCCUGCCACAGGAGACAUUUUUCCAAGUAUCUAUGCCUCUGUGGAAAAGCAAACCCUGGCACUGAUGUUUCAGAAGGACUUGCGGGAUUUUAAGGAUAAACGCAGGUUUCCCAAAUUGCCCAAGUUGGAGAAGAAGACACAGCCCAUUUCUAAAAAAAAGGAAAAGUUGCCUUUGUGGGAGACAUUCGUGGCACUGUACCAUGUUUUGCGGAUGCUGCAGCAGAGAUACGGAAAAGACAGCACUGCUUGGAUGGAACAGUUCAACCAGCUCAUGCAGCUGUACCAACUUAAGUCCCCCCGAAUCCAGAGGCUUCUACUAGAGUUACUGCAGGGAGAGGAACUUCAACCCCAAGAGAUCAUCUACAAAGAGGCCCUAAAAGCCACAGAGCUAGUUCCCGGCGAACGGCUGCUCUACUGCCUGUUUUGUGGCGGCUCUCAUACUGCUAGAGGCCCUCAGGAGUUCCAGGGUGUGGUACCCGUCCCUGGGCAGAACAAUGUGCAUACCAUCCUUCCUGUGGGCAUUGCCCAGUAUGGGAUCUUAGAACUUGCCUGGAAGAGCCUGCCCCAAGCUGAUAUUCACCUCACCAAGGCAUUGAUACACACUGUUGCUCCCACUCCCUAAUUUGGAACAGACUGGAGGUAGGGACCUUUCAUUACCAACUGGAGAAAGUCCUGGUCACCAGAAUCUAGACCUUCAGAUAACUUUUUUUUUUCUUUUUAGAUGGAGUUUUGCUCUUGUUCCCCAGGGUGGAAUGUAAUGUCACAAUCUUGGCUCACUACAACCUCCACCUCCCGGUUUCAAGUGAUUCUCCUGCCUUAGCCUGAGUAGCUGGGAUUACUAGCAUGUGCCGCCAUGCCCAGCUAAUUUUGCAUUUUUCGUAGAGACAGGGUUUCUCCAUGUUGGUCAGGCUGGUCUCAAACUCCCAACCUCAGGUGAUCCACCUGCCUCGGCCUCCCAAAGUGCUGGGAUUACAGGAGUGAGCCACUAUACCCGGACCUAGACCUUCAUCUCUGGGCCCACACAAAGGUAGGGCCAGGUCAAAGCCCUUUCCCAGCUCUGGAAACACAGCUUCUAUAUGGGGAAUAAAGAGGAGGUUCUUGUUUGUAACAAGCACUUUGAUGUGUUCUUUCCCCCCAAACUGGUUCCCCAGGAAGGUAGCCAGGGAAACCAUUUACUCAUACUCCUGAGAUGGAGGAAGCAUCCCAAAAGACAGUGGUGCUCACCGUGUGGAUGGUUGAGGCAGAGGAGUCUGUCCUUGACCUCUUCAUACCUUCCCACCAUCCCCUCCAAGAACUCUAAGAGGGAAAGUACCAGGCACAAAAGCUAAUGUAUAUUUGGCAUGAAUAUGAGAGGUACUGAUAUCAUGCAAAGAGAAUGGGCUUUAGAAUCAGAAGACGCAAUAUUUUAUCCCUUAGUAUUUGGGGGCCUACAGUGGGGCUGACUCUAUUUUUCUGAUUGUAGUUCUGCAUGCUGAUGAUUUGAGUCCCAGAUAACAGGAAUACUGGGUGUUGAGGAGGCUCUCAGAGUAAAGGAAUAAUCUUCAACAAGUUUUAGCCAGUACCACCACCAUCUGAUUACUGGAUUUUUCUGAUAGCUCAGGGUUUCCAUAAUCUAAGGUCUAGAUGUACUUCAAGAGUCCAUGAAGCGCUUCAAAUUGAAUGAAAAAAAGUUGUUGGCAUGUGUUAGGUACUUUUUUUCUGCUGAGAAAAAGUCUGUAGCUUUUAUCAGAGUCUUAAUGAGGCUCCUGACACAAAUACAUGAAAUCAACACUUAAGGAGACAGCACAGGGCUUUAGCUCAGACAUUGCCAAUCAUCAGUUGAAUGACCUUCAACAAGUAAUGGCCUUACUGGGCCCUAGUUUUCUAAUUUUGUUUGUUUGUUUUUGUUUUUUAAGACGGAGUCUCACUCUGUCACCCCGGCUGAAAUGCAAUGUUGCGAUCUCGGCUCACUGCAACCUCCGCCUCCCGAGUAGCUGGGACUAAAGGCACUCACCACCAUGCCUGGCUAAUUUUUGUAUUUUUAGUAGAGACAGGGUUUCACCAUUUUGGCCAGGCUAGUCUCGAACUCCUGACCUUGUGAUCCACCUUCCUUGGCCUCCCCAAGUGCUGGGAUUACAGGCACACACCACCAUGCCUGGCUAAUUUUUAGUAGAGAUGGGGUUUUACCAUGUUGGUCAGGCUGAUCUCAAACUCCUGACCUCAGGUGAACCGCCCACCUCAGCCUUCCAAAGUGCUGGGAUUACAGGCGUGAGCCACCGUGUCCGGCCAGGUGGGAAGCUUUUAAUAUGGGAGUGUAAACCAAAAUAAAAUUCUAAGCUCCCAGCCAACUGAAUGGACCCUUCCUCUUGGCCAAGGGCGUUCUAAGGUAUACCUGAAACACUAGUUCCAGCAAUGAUGGUCAGACAUGUCUCAUUAUACCUUCCUUUCUUUGGAAUUCAGGUACAGCUGACCAGCAUUAACACCGAAACAGAGACCUUAAGACUGACAAAGCAUACCCUUUGUAGCAAUAAGAUACCAACAUGGGCCAGGUACAGUGGCUCACACCUGUAAUCCCAGCACUUUGGGAGGCCAAGACAGGUGGAUCACAAGGUCAGGAGAUCAAAACCAUCCUGGCCAACAUGGUGAAACCCCAUGCCUACUAAAAAUUAAAAAAUUAGCUGAGUGCAGUGGCAGGUGCCUGUAAUCCCAGCUACUCAGGAGGCUGAGGCAGGAGAACAGCUUGAACACAGGAGCUGGAGGUUGCAGUGAGCUGAGAUCAUGCCACUGCACUCCAGCCUGGUGACAAAGUGAGACUCCAUCUCACAAAAAAAAAAAAAAAAAAAGAUACCAACAUGACAGACAGCAGACCCUGAAAGAAAUGGAAGUAUUUUAUCCUAAAAUACGUUUCUUUGACAUAUUUUGAAAUGGCCCUGCAAAGCUGAUUCUUGUGGGGCAAAUUGACACAUUUUGUAGAAAAUCCCCUUCCCUUUCCAGGUCUUUUGCCUGAUUCAAGAGAGAAUUAACUAAGAAUCUGGCAUCUUUCUAAGUCUGAUAAAAAAACAUGUACAAAUCUAUUAUCUCUGAGACCUGCUACCUGGACACUUCAUCUGCAUAGUAGGAAUCUUGGUCUCCACAGCCCCUUAUAUUAACCCAGACAUUCCUUCUAUUAUUGAUCGCAGGUCUUUAGAUAAACUCUUUCAACUUCCAGUCAGAAAAUCUUUGAACCCACCUAUGACCUGGAAGUCCCCCACUUCCAGUUGUCCAAUCUUCCCAGACUAAACCAGUCUAAUCUUCUAUGUAUGAUGCUUUAUGUCUCCCUAAAAUGUAUAAAAUCAAGCUGCAGCACAGUCACCUUGGGUGCAUAUUGUCAGAAACUCCUAAGGCUGUAUCACUGGCCAUGGUCACUCAUAUCUAACUCAGAAUGAAUCUCUGCAAAUAUUUUACAGAGUUUGACUCUUUCUGUCGAGAGGAGACAUUUAAGGAUUUUUUUAAGAGUUAAAGAGGAAAGACAGGCCCAGCUUGGCGCGGUGGCUCACGCCUGUAAAUCCCAGCACUUUGGGAGGCCGAGGCGGGUGGAUCACGAGGUCAAGAGAUCAAGACCAUCCUGGUCAACAUGGUGAAACCCCGUCUCUACUAAAAAUACAAAAAAUUAGCUGGGCAUGGUGGUGUGUGCCUGUAAUCCCAGCUACUCAGGAGGCUGAGGCAGGAGAAUUGCCUGAACCCAGAAGGCAGAGGUUGCGAUGAGCCAAGAUCAUGCCAUUGCACUCCAGCCUGGGUAACGAGCGAAACUCCGUCUCAAAAAAAAAAAAUAAACAAAAAUAAAAAAAGGAAAGACACACAAAAGGUAGCUCAACAGUCAAAGACAGGUUUAUUUUGGGACAAUAAACCUGAGAGGGGCUUCUGGCUGAUUUGGUCAGGAGCAUUCUCUCUUACAGACUAAGUAUUUAUUGGUAAGAGAGCUUGGAAUGUUUCUGUGUCGGGAUGAAGUUUACAGUGGGGUUGGAAUGACUCUGGUUAGAGGGGAGGUUAUCUUGGGGUUAUCUCUCCCAGCCAGUUGGGAGGGGAGGUUAUCUUAGGGCUGGCAUGUCUCUGGUUGGGGAGGGGUUUGGAAUGUUUCUGGUUGAAGAUGUUAUUUGUGGUUUAUGGUCAUGCUGACCUCAGCCAUUAGGCUGAUGCCCUUUGGAUUUAGGCAGGUUUUGAUCAACGUGAACUUAAAAUGACAGUGCUUGUCCAAGGUAGCGAUACUUCUGCUCUGUCAUGUUUGUCAUGCUGAUGUGGCCAAAUCAUGGAGAUGGUAAGUUCGAAGGUGUAGGAUGAACAGGGGAAUACUAGGAAUACUGGUAUAAGCCAGGUCCCUGAUAAAGCAAGAGAGAAUGGGGUCCAGAGUCCAGCUGGAAGAAUUAGCUUUAGACAAGGGGAAAAGGAUGUACCUUUCCAGCAUAGUGAGGGGUAUGAAAGAAAAACAUCUUGGGCCCCCAGAAUCACUAAGCUAAAGGGGAAAUUCAAGCUAGGAACUGCUCAGGGCAAAUCUGCCUCCCAUUCUAUUAAAAGUCAUCCCUCUGCCGGGUGCAGUGGCUUGCACCUGCAAUCCCAAAACUUUGGGAGGCCCAGGUGGGCAGAUCACCUGAGGUUAGGAGUUCAAGACCAGCCUGACCAACAUGGUAAAACCCCAUCUCUACUAAAAAUAUAAAAAUUAUCCAGGCAUGGUAGUGUGUGCCUGUAAUCCCAGCUACUUGGGAGGCGGAGACAGAAGAAUUGCUUGAACCCAGGAGGAGGAGGUGGCAGUGAGCUGAUACCAUGCCAUUGCAUGCUAGCCUGGGCAAUAAAAGCAAAACUCCAUUUCAAAAUCAAAAGACAAACAAAAUCAUCCCUCUACUCACUGAGAUAGAUGUAUAUUCUGAUUGCCUUAUUUGAAAAGGCUUAUCAGAAACUCAAAAUAAUAAAACCAUUUGUCUAUCUUACCUGUGACCUGCAAGCCCCCUCCCUGAGUUUUCCCUGCCUUUCUGGAUGGAACCAAUGUACUUCUUACAUAUAUUGAUUGACGUCUCAUCUCCCUAAAAUGUAUAAAACCAUGCUGUGCCUCGACCACCUUGGGCAUAUGUCGUCAGGACUUCCUG